AUGAGUGGAGAGGACAUGGUUCCAGGACCUCAGUUGGCUGAUAAGAGAGCCUUUACCUUUGCUAUCAUUUUAUUCCUUUUGUGCUUGGUGGCAGUGGUGGGUAAUGGCUUAAUCACCGUGGCACUGGGCAUGGAGUGGUUGCUGCAGAGAACUUUGUCACCUUGCAAUAAGUUAUUGGUCAGCCUGGGAGCCUCUAGCUUCUGUCUGUGAUGGGUGGUGAUGAGUAAGAACGUUUAUAUUUUCCUGAAUCCAAUAGCCUUCCCAUACAACCCUGUAUUCCAGUUCCUAGCCUUUCAGUGGGACUUCUUGAAUGCUGUCACGUUAUGGUUCUCCACCUGGCUCAGUGUCUUCUACUGUGUGAAAAUCGCAACCUUCACCCCCGUCUUCCUCUGGCUAAAGCAGAUGGUGUCUGCAUUGGUUCCAUGGAUGCUGCUCAGCUCUGUGGGGCUCUCCAGCUUCAGCGCCAUUCUGUUUUUCAUAGGCAACCAGAGAGUAUAGCAGAACUAUUUAAAGAGGGCUCUGCAAUCUUGGAAUGCCACUGGGAAUGCUAUGAGAACAUAUGAGAGACUCUACUUCUUCCCUUUGAAAAUUGUUACCUGGACAGUCCCUACUGUUGUCUUCAUCGCUGGCACGGCUUUGCUCAUUACAUCUCUGGGAAGACACACCAUGAAGGUCUCCCUGUCCAUCUCAGGCUCUCAUGAUCCCAGCACCCAGGCACACAUCAAGGCUCUCCUGGCUCUCAUCUCCUUUGCUGUCCUCUUCGUUUCCUGUUUUCUGUCACUGGUGCUCAGUGCCUCAGGUGUGUUUCCAUCCCUGGAAUUCAGGUACUGGGUGUGGCAGGCUGUGAUUUAUCUGUGCACAGUAGUCCGCCCCAUUGUUCUUUUCUUGAGUGACCGCAGGCUGAGAGCUGUGCUAGAGAGGGGCUGCUCCUCAGGGCUUGGGGCAUCUUGA